AUGGCAGAGGCAGAGGCAGCAAAGCUGAAGGAGGAGGGCAACCGGCAUUUCCAGCGUCAGGACUACAAGGCAGCCACCAAAAGCUACAGUCAGGCCCUGAAGCUGACCAAGGACAAGACCCUGCUGGCCACUCUCUACCGGAACCGGGCGGCCUGUGGCUUGAAGACGGAGAGCUAUGUCCAGGCAGCUUCCGAUGCCUCCAGAGCCAUUGAUAUGGACUCGGCAGAUAUCAAGGCUCUAUACCGGAGGUGCCAGGCGCUUGAGCACUUGGGGAAGUUGGAUCAGGCCUUCAAGGAUGUGCAGCGCUGUGCUACCCUCGAACCUCGAAACCCAAACUUCCAGGAAACAUUGAGGAGACUCAACACCAGCAUCCAGGAGAAGCUCCAUGUGCAGUUCUCCACAGACUCAAGGGUACAGAAUAUGUUUGAGAUCCUCCUGGACCAAAACAGCGAAGCUGAUAAGCGGGAAAAGGCUGCCAACAACCUCAUUGUCCUAGGCCGAGAGGAAGCUGGAGCUGAGAGAAUCUUCCAGACCAAUGGAGUGGCCCUGCUGCUGCAGCUUCUGGAUACUCAGAGGCCCGAGCUGGUGCUGGCUGCAGUGCGCACCCUGUCAGGCAUGUGCAGUGGCCACCGAGCUCGGGCCACAGUGAUUCUGCAUGCAGUCCGAAUAGACCGAAUCUGCAGCCUCAUGGCAGUGGAGGAUGAGGAGAUGUCUCUGGCUGUCUGCAACCUGCUGCAGUCCAUCAUCGAUUCCCUGUCUGGGGAAGACAAGCGGGAGCAUCGGGGGAAGGAGGAGGCCCUGGUUCUAGACACCAAGAAGGACCUGAAGCAGAUUACCAACCACCUGCUCGACAUGCUGGUUAGUAAGAAAGUGUCUGGCCAGGGCAGGGACCAGGCGCUCAACUUGCUCAAUAAGAAUGUCCCCAGGAAGGACCUGGCCAUCCAUGACAACUCACGCACCAUCUACGUGGUGGAUAAUGGCCUGAGAAAGAUCCUAAAGGUGUUGGGGCAGGUUCCUGACCUGCCUUCCUGCCUACCCUUGACGGACAACACCCGCAUGCUGGCUUCCAUCCUCAUCAACAAGCUCUACGAUGACCUGCGCUGUGACCCUGAGCGUGAUCAUUUCCGCAAGAUCUGUGAGGAGUAUAUCACGGGCACAUUUGACCCACAGAACAUGGACAAGAAUGUGAAUGCCAUCCAGACGGUGUCGGGGAUCCUGCAGGGGCCCUUUGACCUUGGCAAUCAGCUGCUGGGAAUGAAAGGUGUGAUGGAGAUGAUGGUGGCGCUGUGCGGCUCAGAGCGUGAAGCAGACCAGCUGGUGGCUGUGGAGGCACUCAUCCAUGCCUCCACCAAGCUCAGCCGGGCCACCUUCAUCAUCACCAAUGGGGUGACCUUACUCAAAGAAAUCUACAAGACCACCAAGAAUGAGAAGAUCAAGAUCCGCACGCUGGUGGGACUCUGUAAGCUUGGCUCUGCCGGCGGCACUGACUAUGGUCUCAGACAGUUUGCUGAAGGGUCCACCGAGAAGCUGGCCAAGCAGUGUCGAAAAUGGCUGUGCAAUUCUACCAUAGACACUCGGACCCGACGCUGGGCUGUGGAGGGCCUAGCCUACCUCACACUGGAUGCUGAUGUGAAGGAUGACUUUGUUCAGGACAUCCCUGCUCUGCAGGCCAUGUUCGAGCUGGCCAAGACCAGCGAUAAGACCAUCUUGUACUCAGUGGCCACCACCCUGGUGAACUGCACCAACAGCUAUGAUGUCAAGGAGCUCAUCCCAGAGCUGGUACAACUUGCCAAGUUCUCCAAGCAGCAUGUGCCUGAGGAGCACCCAAAGGACAAGAAGGAUUUUGUCGACAUACGGGUAAAGCGGCUCCUGAAGGCGGGCGUCAUCUCAGCGCUAGCCUGCAUGGUGAAAGCCGACAGUGCUAUCCUUACCGACCAGACCAAGGAACUACUGGCCAGGGUGUUCUUGGCACUGUGUGAGAACUCAAAGGACCGAGGCACCAUUGUGGCUCAAGGUGGUGGCAAGGCACUGAUCCCUCUGGCUCUGGAGGGCACAGACGUGGGCAAGGUGAAGGCAGCCCAUGCUCUGGCCAAGAUCGCUGCUGUCUCCAAUCCGGACAUCGCCUUUCCCGGGGAGCGGGUGUAUGAAGUAGUACGGCCCCUGGUGAGUCUCCUAGACACCAAAAGGGAUGGGCUUCAGAACUAUGAGGCUCUCCUUGGUCUCACCAACCUGUCUGGACGGAGUGAAAAACUCAGGCAGAAGAUCUUCAAGGAAAAAGCCUUGCCGGACAUCGAGAACUACAUGUUUGAGAAUCAUGACCAGCUGCGGCAGGCGGCCACUGAGUGCAUGUGCAACAUGGUGGUCAAUAAGGAGGUACAAGAGAGGUUCCUGGCUGAUGGGAAUGACAGGCUGAAGCUGGUGGUGCUGCUCUGCGGGGAGGAUGAUGACAAGGUGCAGAACGCAGCUGCUGGGGCCCUGGCCAUGCUGACAGCAGCCCACAAGAAACUGUGUCUCAAGAUGACCCAGGUGACAUCACAGUGGUUGGAGAUUCUGCAGCGACUCUGCCUGCAUGACAAGCUGUCUGUGCAGCACCGGGGCCUGGUCAUUGCCUACAACCUGUUGGCAGCUGAUGCUGAGCUGGCCAAGAAGCUGGUGGAGAGUGAGCUACUAGAGAUCUUGACCGUGGUGGGCAAACAGGAGCCUGAUGAGAAGAGGGCAACAGUGGUUCAGAUAGCCCGGGAAUGUCUCAUCAAGUGCAUGGAUUAUGGCUUCAUUAAGCCAGUGUCAUAGUUAGGAGUCCACAGAGAUGUUGGGGCGGGUCCUGUACUGUGUAGACUCCUGAGCUGGGAAGUUCCUGGAGUGUGAGUUCAUCUAUAAGGAAUCAUAGCAAUGGCAAUGAAGUCUUAAUAGAAAGGAAGGACUUGAUUGUCCCUUGAAUUGUGAAUCUU